AUGAGUUCAGAUAAGCAAGGGCCGCCCAUUCCUACUGUUAGCAAUGACAAGCAAAUGGGGAUGAUGGAAUCCCAAAACUCCUCGCCAAACCUCUCAUCACACGAGUCCACACUGAAUGAAAACAACGUUCACACGGUCUCCAGUGAAGGUAGCGGUGCUUAUGCAGAACAUGGUCCUGGAAUUGAUCAUAAGAUCCCACAAGAGCUCGAGAUACAGUCAAAGCCAGACCUUUUAUGGAGUCGUAUUCGACAUACCAUGCGAGAACCGUUCUCGGAAUUCUUUGGUGUAUUUAUUUUGAUCUUGUUUGGAGAUGGCGUAGUUGCGCAAGUAGUCCUUAGCUCGGGGGAGAAGGGCUCCUAUCAAUCAAUAUCUUGGGGAUGGGGCAUUGGAGUUAUGCUUGGAGUCUAUGCUUCAGGCGUUAGUGGUGCCCAUAUCAACCCAGCUGUGACAUUCGCAAACUGCGUCUUUCGAAAAUUUCCCUGGCGCAAAUUCCCCAUCUAUAUGUUGGCGCAAGUGUUGGGAGCAAUGUGUGCCGCCGGCGUGGUCUAUGCAAACUAUAAAUCUGCCAUUGAUAUUUUCGAAGGGGGGAAUAACAUUCGAACUGUGGGCCUCAACACAUCAUCUGCAGGCAUAUUUUGUACCUACCCCGCCCCUUUUAUGACAAAGACAGGACAAUUCUUUUCGGAGUUCAUCGCAAGUACGAUACUCAUGUUUUGUAUCUACGCUUUACAAGAUAAUGGUAAUUUAGGUUCUGGAAAUCUUACCCCACUUGGACUCUUCUUCGUGAUCUUCGGUAUUGGAGCUUGCUUUGGAUGGGAAACUGGUUAUGCAAUUAAUAUGGCUAGAGACUUUGGUCCAAGAUUGAUGAGCUACUUCCUUGGGUAUGGUCACGAAGUAUGGAGCGCGGGAAACUAUUACUUUUGGGUACCUAUGGUAGCGCCAUUUUUCGGAUGCUUAUUUGGAGGUUGGUUGUAUGAUGUCUUCAUCUUCACUGGUGAGAGCCCCAUCAAUACUCCUUGGAUGGGAUUGAAGCGGUUUAUGCCUGGGGGUCUCGGGAGUAAGAAAGUAGAUUCCGCAGCGUGAAAUGGUGAGAGAGCAGAGAAGCUUGGUACCGAUGCUAAUCCUCUCUGUACGUUAAAGAGAAGGACAUUAUUGCGUCAGAUGACUGGACUGCACGCAUUUAGCUAGAAUCUCAAGUAUUGAACCGGUGCCAACGGUAAACUUCAUAGGGAAGGAAAAGGGACCGACCGGCUAUUUCUGCCUUCUUAUGGGCUUUCACACAUCAUCAUACACCAAGAUGUCGGGAAAAUGGAUAGGAAUUUCUCGGCAACUCUCAAUGUAACCUUAAAAUUUAACUUCUUUAAUCAAACAAACAC